UCGAACCUUAUCUCUUACUCUACAUUUGAAAGGCCAUACACAGAGAAGCCCAGCACAUGUAAGAAAUGUGGAAAUACCUUCAGCUAAAAGUAAAUUUUCAUUCAUCAAAAAAUUCAUACAGGAAAGAAACCUUGUGAAUGUGGGAAAGCUUCCAUUCAGAUGUCACACCUCAGUCAGCAGAGAAUUUGUAGUGGGGAAAACCCCUUUGCCUGUAAGGUAUGUGGGAAAAUCUUCAGCCACAAAUCAACUCUUACUGAGCAUGAGCAUUUUCAUAAUAGAGAGAAACCUUUUGAAUGUAAUGAAUGUGGAAAAGCAUUCAGCCAAAAGCAGUAUGUCAUUAAACAUCAGAACACCCAUACUGGAGAGAAGCUUUUUGAAUGUAAUGAAUGUGGAAAAUCCUUUAGCCAGAAGGAAAACCUUCUUACCCAUCAGAAAAUUCACACUGGAGAAAAACCUUUUGAGUGUAAGGACUGUGGGAAAGCUUUCAUUCAGAAGUCAAACCUCAUCAGGCACCAGAGAACUCACACAGGAGAGAAGCCCUUUAUAUGUAAGGAGUGUGGGAAAACCUUCAGUGGCAAAUCAAACCUUACUGAGCAUGAGAAAAUUCAUAUCGGAGAGAAACCCUUCAAGUGUAAUGAAUGUGGAACAGCUUUUGGUCAGAAGAAGUACCUCAUAAAACAUCAAAAUAUUCACACUGGAGAGAAACCUUAUGAAUGUAAUGAAUGUGGAAAAGCCUUCUCUCAGCGAACAUCACUUAUUGUACAUGUGAGAAUUCAUUCAGGUGAUAAGCCGUAUGAAUGCAAUGUAUGUGGAAAAGCCUUCUCUCAAAGUUCAUCUCUUACUGUACAUGUGAGAAGCCAUACAGGUGAGAAACCCUAUGGUUGUAAUGAGUGUGGGAAAGCUUUCUCGCAGUUCUCAACCCUUGCUCUACAUUUGAGAAUACACACAGGUAAGAAGCCUUAUCAGUGUAGUGAAUGUGGGAAAGCUUUCAGCCAGAAGUCACACCACAUUAGACACCAGAAAAUUCAUACCCAUUAAAAUCCUGUGGAUAUCAUGAAAGGUGUUCAUCAGGAAUUUACACCUUAUAACACAUCAGAAAUAAUCAUUCUGAAGGAAGGCAUCACAAAUGAGGGAAGCAAAAGCUAAAAACUUAAAGGACACCAGAGAAUUCAUCUUGAAGAGAAAGACAUUUGUGUGAUUAAAAUCCUGUAUCCAAUAAAAAACAUACUGCAAAGGUAAUACUGAAAACUUUAGAUGCAUUUCCACUAAAAUUGGGAGUGGAAAACAUUUUUAUGAUUGCCAUCUGCAUGAAUUUGGAGAUAUUCACCAGUGUAAUAAAAACAAAGCUAUAAGUAUUAGAAAGAAAGAGACUUCUAUGGUAUUGAUUUAGCAGAACAGAAGAGAUUCUGCAAAAACCUAUGCAUUUAUUAGAAUUUAUAAUAUAGAAAAGGCAUCAGGAGCUGAGAAGCUAAUGAGACUAUUUUAAAAAGUGCUUUGGAGGUAAUUUGUUCUCCAAGGGGGGGAAAAAUAAAACAUGAACUAUACACAAAGAUAAGGGGAUUGGGUUAAAAGCAGAAGUAUGAGAAAGCUAUAUAGUAAAAUGGUUAUGACCUUGGGAAUGGGAAACAUUCCUUAUGGAAAUUGAAAAAUAUCUAGCAAUUCUACUCUGAGUUUGUAUGCUCAGGAAAUUAUGUACCAGACUAUUUACUGUGGCAUGAUUUGUAGUACUCAUUAAUUGGAAACAAAUGCGCAUCAGGAACAAAAUGGAAAAUACUUAUGAUGGAAUAAUGUAUAUCUGUAAAGUGUAAUAAAUGAGAUCUAUAUGUAUUAGAAAGAUCUCAAAAGUCAUGUUGAGGGGGAAAGAAAGUUGCAGAAUGACAUAAUACGAUGACAUUUUUGUAAAUUUGAAUGAAAACUUCCUCACAGAAUUUCAGUGCUAUAUAUUGGUAAUGGAUACAUAACAUGUAUGUAUGUUUUUUAAGUGUUUUUGAAAUGGGUUGGAAGGAUACAGACCAAACUCUUGAUAGU